GCCCUCUCUAGGUUGCAGCUUACUGCGGCGUUGCCACACCGACAAAGUGUCACAAUUGAACUUACAGUUAUAAAAAGAAGGCACAAGAAAAUGGAGGGCAAAAAUCAAAAUCACUCGAAAGCGAAUCUUAAAAAUAUUUUGGAAAACAAUGCGGCUAAAAAUGAAUUGGCCGCCGAUUUGCGCUGCUCGCGUGCCAAAAUGCUGCUUUUGCAAAUGGACGCCGACAAGAAUGACGGUCAAAGCGACUAUGAAAAUGUCGCUCCCCAGCCCAAUAAUAACGAUCCCGCUAAGCCGGCUGACCAGGGAGAAAUACUCGAAAAUCCGCAGCGCAGGAGCAAGAGCAGCCGCGGCAAACAGAUGCACAUCUGUGCCAGAGAUUUGCCCAAGAAGCCGUGCCCGCCGCCCAGGGACGAAGCCUUCUCCAUGUGCACCGGCAAACGUAAGGUUCUGGACUCCAUAGCGGCGAUCGAGCAGCGGGCUGCCAUCGGCCAGGCGAGUGGUGUCCACGGGCGCAACCAUAACAAAGAAAUUCCGCUCCAGAAUGUCGCAAAACCCAUUGCUGGUCCUUGGCCACAGCGCCGGCGCGCCAGCUAUGUGAAAUAUCGCCGCCCAGUGAUGUUUCAACCGAAGCAGGAACUUCGGUUGGGCAGCAAGGAGUGCGCGUUGAACGCCAGCACAGUCCAGCUAAUACCCGAAUUCGAAGGCGACUACGUGCAGGAGUGGCUAGAGAAGACAGCGCCAUUCCUGGACCACACUGUUCGCCAGGAAGCUGCGGCAGCGAAGGCACUGCAAGCAACGCCAUCGGCAUGUUCAGCUAGCGACAGCGACGAUGCCGUCGAGGCAGACUUGUCAGAUCUGCUGACCUACAUGUCGGAUGCUGAAUUAGCGGAGCAGGUUGGAAAGCCCCUUGUUGGCAGCGCAGAGUUGUGCUCGGCGUUUCCGGACAGCUGUGUGACGGAUGCCAUAUUAACGGCGGACAGACCCAAGGAUGCUGUUCGCCUGGGCCAGGCGCUGCCGCCACUGAAUGUGCAGGAUUGCUGCGAGGAGGGUGACUUCAUCGGGAUCUCCGUGUGCAAAGUGUACAGUCCUUUUCAGUUCUGGUUUCACUUUGUGCCACCGGUUGAUGGCGACGAUCCGCUGGCCGAGCUGAGCAACGAAAUGAACACUUUUUACAAUCAUGCGGUGAAUCCGGCGUACAGGACACAGUUGCCCAGCUACUUUCACAAAGCCGAUUACAUAUGCGCCGCCGAACAUGGCACUGGCUGGCGACGUGCCCGAGUGCUGUACACCGCGCCCAAAGAAGCCGCCUGGCUGCACAUAUACCACGUGGACUAUGCGACUUCGGCCGAAUUGUCGCCGAGUAAAUUGAGAUUUCUGCCGGAACGCUUUGCGGAUAUGCCGAUACAGGCUGCUCGCGGCACCCUAUCCCACAUACAGCCAUUGGGCAUCCACUGGCCACCGGAUAGCACAAGUUACUUCAAGAGUUUGGUUUACCACACAAAGCUGCACGCCCAUGUCAUCCAACUGGACGCGGCCGAGGGCAUACUCUUCAUGCGACUGUCGCAGACCGAGAAGUUUGCGCCCUCGAUCAACAAACUGUUGGUCGAGGGCGGACUGGCUACGAUUAGCGAGAACUACAGUGAGGCGGUCAUCAAAUUCAACUGCGGCAGGAGGCUACGCUACCUACGCGAGCGACUGCCCAGCUUUGAGAUGCUCGAGUCGCGAACGAUACCACUGAAUGACGAAGAGUUCGAGAACUAUUUUGAUAGCAUCAUCUAUAACCCCUCGUUCCACAACGACUUUCAGCUGCCGAAGCUGAAGAAUCCCAUCCUCAAAGCGCUGACCGCCUGGAUGCCCGGCUAUCGCCACGAGCAGGAGCACUGGCGUCGCAUUUACAAGCAGGCGGACCAGAAAGUGUUGGAGGCUCGUCGGCGGGCCAAAGAGGCGCUCGGUGAGUCGCAAGAGGAGGUGCACGCCGAUCCGGGUGGGCAACUGCAGCAAGGAGCUGGGAACCAGGACGCGAGUAACCAACCAGAAGUGAAGCUAGAAGCUGCAGCGCCACAGGAGCAGGAAAAGGAGGAGCUAGAAUCUGGAAACCAAAGCGAAAAAGACACUGACACACAAAUCCUUAUGUAGACAACCUCCAAGGAG